AUGUCCGACCCUUACAACCAAGGCGGCUACGGCCAGAACUACAAUCAGGGCUACCCUCACCAGGGCCAGGGCUACCCGCAACAGCAAUACGGCGGCGGCGGCGGCGGAUACGACCAGAACUACCCACAACAAGGCGCCGGGUAUGGCGGAUACCAGAACCAGGGAGGAUACGGUCAACAGCCCUACGGCGCGCAGCAAGGAUACGGCGCUCCUCCCGCGCCCGAUUACGCCGGCGGACAAAACCAGACCGGCUCCUACGGUGGCCCUCCGCAGCACGGCGGCUUCACACACGGCCAAGGCCCACCUCAGUACGGCCAAGAUUACAACCAGCAGGGACAGUACGGCCAGCAGGGACCGUACAGCCAGCAGCAGCAGACCCAGCCGUGGGGCCAGGGCGCACCUCCCAGCGGCGACCCAGCGAAUCCUUACGGCUAUACUCGCGACCCGGCAGACCCCAAUAACCCGCAAGAAGGCGAGCGCGGCUUCAUGGGCGCCAUGGCAGGUGGAAUCGGAGGCGGUCUGCUCGGCCACAAAGCCGGACACGGCAUAAUCGGUGCUCUGGCCGGAGCCUUCCUGGGCUCCAAGGGCGAGGACAAGUGGAAGGAGCACUCACAUAACAAGCCCCACGGUGGCUAUGGUGGCUCCGGCUCCGGCUACGGCAAAUGGUGA